ACUCUGCAUCAUCUCAACUCGUAAACCCAACCGUACUCUUGCACUUCAAGAGAGUUUCAGGCGGCAGAAUCGCAAUAUUCCGUCAUUCCAACAAACACACCGGAAGUCGCGACAGUCCACUAGAGCACUAGUCGCCAGCAACAAACAGAAUGUCUUCGGACAAGGAAGCGAAAGUCGACCUUGCGUCUUUUACGCAAAGUGUUGUCAACGAUUGCCUGUUCACCGUCAUCCACGACCUCGUCCUUCAAACCCAUCGCCGCGAGAAGCUACUCCUACGGACCGUGGACCCAUCAACAGGCUUGCCCAUCUGCCCUUCAUGUAACCUCCCACGUCUCCUGGAUCCUCCGCUAGCGAACGCGAACCCUCUCAAGAAGAUCCAAUACUGCACACACAUUCCUUGGUCAACGCGACCAGGCCACGACAUCUAUGGCAACCCAUUCCCAGUCUCUGGCAGCGACAAGCCACCGACCAAGAAAGAGCGCGAAAGAAUGAAGGCGGAAUCAAACGCUUCAAAAGAACACGGUACUGCGCCUCCAUCACCUACGGCUAGCGAACAACCCAACACUGGUGGUCCUGUGGACAAGAAAGCCGCAAAGGUUGGAGAGAGACUCAAGGGCGGCACAUAUAUUCCCUGGCACACAUGUCCAUCCUGCAAGCGCAGUCUGCUCAUCACACGCUUCGCUCAACAUCUAGAAAAAUGCUUGGGAAUUGGAGGAAGAGGCGCCAGAGCUGCUCGUCUCAACAACGCAAAUGGAGCUUCACCACUGGGCAGCAGGGGCGGCACACCAACACCAAACUCUCGCGGAUCUAAGAAUGGAGAUGAAGACGAGGAUGAAGACGAUAUCAAGUCAGGAGGCGUGCGCAAGAAGGUCCUCAAACGCGGCCUCAAAGAAAGCAUGAAGAAAGACGUCAAAGGCUCAGGAAAACUUGGAAAGCGACCCGGCAAGUCAGACGCGAAAUCAGACAAGAGGGAACGAGACGAACUAGGCGAUGACGAAGACAACACACCUCUACGCAAACGCAUGAAGCUGCAAAGAGUUGGCAGCACGGCAAGCUUGCAGACUAGUAUCGCUGGCGAGGAGAGUGUAGAUGGAAGUUUCGUGGACGAUAAUGAUAGUGGCGAUGAUUAGAGGUCUCGCAGUGUUGAUUCUAUCUUGAGGGAUUACUAGCGGGUGCAUGGCUUAUUGAUACCACUACAGGGGCGUUUUGGGAUGGGAAAGCAAAAGGCCAUGGGAGAGCAUGAGCUUUGUGAGUUACACCAGUUUUAUUCUUGUAGUCACUACUUAUCGAUCGACUAUCCUUGAUCGAUCUUAGAGUGAGAAGGCAUGUCAAGCAGUUCUCAAUGCCUUCCGCUCUUGAAGCGAUCAAUAAGACUGACUGCGUUCUUGCCUUGUGAUGAUCCAAAAUGGCAGUUUGAUGGGCUGUGGAGACCAUGGCGGCUUCCCACUUCC